AAACAGGUAAAUACAAAACAGCAAUCUAGUUGACGUUAUUUCGUUGAAUAAUCUGGUGCAUAUUAUUAUCCAGAUUUUCACAAUUUUAUGGUCAGUGCUUCUGACUCACUACUCUAGGGUUGUCAGCGAUUCGAAAAUCGUGAUACAAUGAGUUUUUUAUACUGAAAUUAUCUAAACGAAGGUUAUUGAUCAUAGUUCUUUGAAAAUUUCUACUUAUCGCUGAAAAGAUCACCUCAACACGUGGUUACACUACUCAGGUGGCAUGAAAUACUCGAGGCUUCUUGAAGCAAAGCAUAUACUUUGUUUAUAUAUGCGUUAAAAAACUACUCGUUUUGUAUCAGAAUGCGUGAUCUUACCGUCCAACUAACGUGAAUUCUGUACAGUAGUUUGCUGUUCACGAGACAACGUAUCGCUGAAACUUCCUUUGUACAUAAUCAAUUUGUAGACUAUCAACGUUGAAAUGAAGUUAGUGUGCUAGGCGAACCAGGCAUACUUUUCAAAACAUGUUUCCGCUUAGUAAAAUUAAAUUUGAAAACUAUUAUGGAAGAGGAAGAUGAUUGGAGACAGUGUGCUGAAUGGUUAAAUAGAUGUCAAGUUAUCCCGGAUGAUCAUCCGGCUCUGGGGCCAGAUGGUAAUGCGAUUCACUUGGUUCAGGCCUUAAUGGACGGAGUUGCUUUAUGCCAUCUUUUAAGUACAUUAUCAAACCAUGAGUUGGAUAUAAGAUCGAUGAAAGAUUUUAGCCAUAUGCCACAAAAUUCUCAGUUUUUAUGUUUUCAAAAUCUUCGACUAUUUACACAGUUAUGUGAAAAAGAAUUUGAUAUUCCCAGAAAUUUGCUAUUUCAACCUGGUGAUAUUUAUCAUGCUAAAAAUUUUGGGAAAGCGAUUGCAACUUUAUCAAAAUUAUCAUACUCAAGAAGAGCACAGUUAACUGGAAUACCUGGUUUUCCACCAGAAAAUUCAAAGCUACAAUCAACUCAUGAAUAUUAUAAUAAUCUUGAGGAAAUCGCUGCUGCAAUGAAUAAAUUACCUGACUCUGGAAAACCAAAUUAUACUCAAAUGGAAGAGGAAAAUAAAGAAAAACUGUAUGAUACAGUGGUGUAUCAAGGUUCAAAAUCUCGUCUAAAUUUGGACUCUGAACCAACAACAGCACGAGCGUAUUGUAUUCGCGAAAUAGUGGAUACAGAAAAAAAUUACGUAGAUGUGUUGAAAAUGUUAAUUGAGAAGUACAAGCAUCCGCUUAUUGGAGUUCUUUCGCACAACGAAAUUGAAGAGAUUUUCAAGUACAUUGAGGAAUUACAUACUAUUCAUAGAGAGUUUUUAAGUAAUCUGAGUUUGGCAACUAGUGCAACUGUGAAUUUCCUUAGUUUAAGUGAUGUUUUUCUUAAAACUCGAGAUAAUCUUCUCAUAUAUGGAGAAUAUUGUGGUCAUUUACAACAUGCUCAAAAUUUAGUUUAUGAAAUUAUGCGAAAUGAUGUAGAAAAACGUAACAAAAUAGAAUUAUGUCAGUCAAAUUCAGAGAAAUACAAUAAAUUCGCUUUGGCUGAAUUACUUACAAUACCAAUCCAACGCGUUUUGAAAUAUCAUCUUCUGUUAGAGCAUCUAUGUAAACUCACUCCAGCUGAUCACUAUGAUCGUCCUGAUCUAACUGUAGCUCACGAAGCUAUGCGUGAAGUUGCAUUAUCUAUCAACGAUGUUAAACGAGAUCUUGACACGAUUAGCUCGAUUGAUCAAAUUCAAUCCAGUUUACUUGAAAUAAUGCUGCCUCCAGAUAAAAGGUUAUCAAGUUAUGGGCACUUGCAUAUGGAUGGAGAAGUGAAAGUUCUUUCUGAAUCAGAAAGCAAAGCGAAAACUAGAUAUUUAUUUUUAUUCGAUAAAAUAUUGAUUGUAUGCAAACCGAAGGGUGAUAGUUUUACAUUUAUGUUCGCUUAUCAUGUUGUAAAUGGCCAAUUCCAACGAGUUACUUUAUCAAAUAAAAAGGGAUAUUCCUAUGGAUUUACUUUACCAAUUUUGGGUGAUAGAGAUUCGCCAAAUCUUACUUUCUUUACAAAAUCCGAAGAAUUACGUACAGCUUGGAUGAAAGCUGUAAUGGCUGCAUUGUCUAAUCUUUGUCCACCUGGAGCGAAAGACCGAGGUUACAACUUUGAAAUGUUCACAUUUAAACAACCUACUUAUUGUUGUAUCUGUAAUAAAUUAAUCACGGGAAUGUUCUUUCAAGGUUAUCGUUGUCGAGAAACAAAUCGAGCUGCACAUAAAAGUUGUCUUGCCAAUCAUAAUCUUCCACUGCGUGGUAUGGCUAAUCCACAUAUUAAUGGAGUUCCUCCAAGUGCCCCACCGCCAUUACCUCCACAGAUCAAUACAGUACGUAGUCGACGUUCUCAUGUAACGAUGGGAAGUGUGCCAUGUACACCUGGAAACAACUCAUUAUCUAAUUCAGAAUCAUUUGACUUCUCACAGUUAACUGAUACAUUAUCUUCUGUGAACCACUGGCUUGCAACUGACCAUAACAAUCUGUCGAAUGUCACUUUACAACGUAAUCGACGUAUAUCUUCUGGUUUACCUACAUCAAGUAUUCCUCCAGUGAAUCCAACUUUUGCUAUAGCACGAAAAGCAUAUGAUGGUGAUCCUCUCCCACCAUCAGGUAGUCAUCCUUUGAGAUUAUCAAUUGGAGAUCAAGUUGAAUUGAUCAAAUGGACUGAAAGCUCAUCAUGGUGGCAGGGUUACUGUGAUGGGUCUGAAGGUUGGUUCCCUGCUAAUCUCGUUGAAAUGGUGGUGAAUAAUAAAAUGAAUAAAAUUGGUACUUCGAAUGCAACAUUUACCAACAAUCCAGCUACGUCGCUGUCGACUUUGAUAGGGCAUCCUUCUCGGCACAGUUUACCCCCAGAUUGUUCAAUUUCAACAAAUAAUUCCAAAGAAAUUUGUCUAAACUUCGAUCUGGAACACUUUCCUCAUCAACACAAUAAAUUAAACAAUAACUGUACUACUACUACUAAUAAUAAUAAUAAUAGCAACAAUAAUAAUAUUUUGGUGGAUACUUGCCUACGUCAAACCAAACAGACUGUCACGUCACUCGUAGACAGUCAUGAUCCUCUUACUGGCUAUGACUGGUAUGUUGGUGAAAUGGACAGACUUGAAGCUGUUAAUUUAUUAAGUAAUUGUAUUGACGGUACAUUUCUUGUACGUCUGUCUAAAAGUGCUGAAAGAAUGGGAGAAUAUUCACUAUCUGUUGUAUACGGCCAUCCACGGCAUAUUCGUAUACAGCGUUUUUCAUCAUCUGAUAAUUCCUGUAUUACAUAUGGUCUUUGUGAAUUAGAACAAUUCCCAAAUAUACCGUGCGUAAUUGAAAACUACUCCAAAGUGUCGUUAAAUCGGUGCUUCGAUGAAGUUGACAUCACAUUACUUUAUCCCUACCAGAAGUGUCCUUCAUCACCAUUGUUCUAUGUUCGUGCAAAUUUCGAUUUUCAUGAUACGUCUAAUAGUCGUUUCUUGAAUUUGAAAGGAGGUGAUCGAAUUGCUGUAGUUAGUCGUGCAGCUGAAGACAGAGGCUGGUGGAAGGGAUGGUUAAAUGGUCGUAUUGGAUUCUUCCCCAUAUCUUUUGUGACAAGAGAGCUAUCUGGAUGAUUAUACUGGAUUACUAUUUUAUUUUUGGAAAAUUUGUAUUAUUUUUUAAUCCACUUAUUUUGUGAACAUCUUUUUACCAAACCCACGUUUAUCUUGUCAGAAAUCUAUACAUACAACCCAGUGUACACUGUGUAUUAACAGCGAUUUAAACAAUGAAUUUUUGAAUAAUUAUAACUUUCUUUUGUCACUAAUUUAUCGUAAUAUCUAUUGGUUAUAUGCCUAUGUGGAAAGAGAGAGAUUUGUAUAAUAACCAUAAGAAAUGCAACUCAUACAUCUCUUAUUUUUAGCUAAGUAUGUUUUUUUCCAUCAACACUAUAUCAUUAUAAUUACUGCUUAAUCGUUAGGUAGUUAGUCUUUUGGUUACCAUAUUGUCUGUACGUGUGUAGCGCCUUAUUAUAAGUAUAGUCAUUUUUCGCUUCUGUUUAUUUUGUACAUUCGUGUGCCUUGAUCGUUAAUUUAGGAAACUAAUCAACAAUCCAUUCAAUGUUGUCUAAGUAUAUAUAUAUGAAACUACUUAAUUCCACUAUCCAAUCAUGGUGUGUAAAUAGUGUGUAUAAUCACAUCGAAUGUGCAUUGUGUAUGCGUGUUUCAUUUUUUCUAAAAGAUUUUAAUAGUUUUGUAGUUAGCAAUUUUUGACUUGCCUUUUUGUUUUGUGUAUAGCAUUUCUGAUUUUCAGCGUCAUGUUUUUUUCUUAUCAUUGCUACUUUUCUCUUCCAUAUGUUUCAAAACACAAAGCAUUUACCACUACUUUGAUAAUGAUAACAAUAUUAAUAAUAAUUAGAACACCAGUAAUAAUGAUUUUUUUGUACUUUCCUGUUUAUGAUAGCUGUCUUUCUUAAUCAGAAGAAAGUUAUCGAUGAAUUUAUUCUACUGUUUUUCUGUCAUCCUUGUCUGCUGCACAAUGUCUCUUAUUAUCUGUGAAUGCACACUCACACUUAUAUUGCUUUGUUACUUUCUACCAGCUUCUUCGCCUCGCCCUAUCUGUAUAUAAUUGGUUUUCCCUCUAUCCUCCCAUAAUCUUGUAAUUCCUUGUUUUGUUAUGUUAUGACGAAUUAUGGAAGUGUAAAAUGUGAAACAACAUACAUUUAUUUGUUUUAAACUUCCCCCUUUUUUAUUUCAUAAUUUUCCAUGUACUUUCUUCGAUUAUGGUUCUUUUUUAUUACCACCAUAAUUUUCACUAUUUUUAUCGCUUUGAUUUGAAAUUAUUGUAUUCCCUUCGUUUUAAAUGUAAUGAAAGAUAGAUAAACAAAUGAAAUGUGUACAAAAAACGCAACAAUAAUAUUGAUCUUUUCUCUAAUCAAUCUAAAAUUUCAGUUAUUUGACAGAUUUGUGUUUUAUUGUACGAUAUUUUACCACUGCCACCUUGGAUGUUAAAAAAAGUGUUUAGUCGAUGAAUUAAUCGCUUUUAUUGUCAGGACAAUGAUCAUUUUAAUAGUUUAUUAAUUCACUUGUUAGGGCCUUUUUUUCUUAAAUCAGCUGUUCAAAUCAUGGUUAUUUGUGUCUACAUAAACAUUAAGGCUAUGUAGCUCGAUAAUUAUCAUAGGACAAUAAUUGAUUUUUAUUUGUUUAAAUUAAUGAAAUGGAAAGAACACAUGGAUGAUCUAAACAUAUUUGAUUUGAUCACAGAAUGAUUGACAUAGAAAAAUAAACGACAAAAUAAAAAUUUUCAUGUUUGUC